UUCGAGUUCGAGCGCGAGAGAGCACGAUACGAAACGAACACGCGGAGAGAGAGAGAGAGAGAGAGAGGAGGAGGAGGAGACGACGCGGCGAUCGGCGAGACCGGAAUCCGGCGGCGACGCCACCCAUCUCCCCCGCCGCCGUUGGCCGCGGCUAGAAGUAGUGGGGGGGGGGGGGGGGCUCGCCGGCGCGCGGGCAUCGGCAUCGGCGUGAGUAGAUCGUAUCGUGCGAGUGGUGGAUCGGAGGAGGGUGAUCGCGAUUUGUGAGGAGGGGGGGGGGGGGGGGUUGGGAUUUGGAUUUGGAUCGUGGGGAUCAGGGGGAGGAGGAGAUGGGGGUGCUGUCGAGGCCGGAGGAGGUGUUGCCGCUGGUGAAGCUGCGGGUGGCGGCGGGGCGGAUCAAGCGGCAGAUCCCGCCGGAGGAGCACUGGGCCUUCGCCUACACCAUGCUGCAGAGGGUCUCCCGGAGCUUCGCGCUCGUCAUCCAGCAGCUCGGCCCCGACCUCCGCAAUGCCGUGUGCAUCUUCUAUCUCGUGCUCCGAGCCCUCGACACUGUUGAGGACGACACUAGCAUUCCUGCCGCGGUGAAGGUGCCGAUCCUUAAGGAAUUCCAUCGGCAUAUCUACAACCGCGACUGGCAUUAUUCAUGUGGAACAAAAGACUACAAAUUACUGAUGGAUAAGUUUCGCCUUGUCUCCACGGCUUUCUUGGAGCUUGGUCAAGGUUAUCAAGAGGCAAUUGAAGAAAUCACUAGGCUAAUGGGAGCAGGAAUGGCAAAAUUUAUCUGCAAGGAGGUUGAAACUGUUGAUGACUACAAUGAGUACUGUCACUAUGUAGCAGGGCUAGUGGGGUAUGGGCUUUCCAGGCUCUUUCAUGCUGGUGGGACGGAAGAUCUGGCUUCAGAUUCACUUUCAAAUUCAAUGGGCUUGUUUCUGCAGAAAAUCAAUAUAAUUAGGGAUUAUUUGGAGGACAUAAACGAGAUACCAAAGUCACGUAUGUUCUGGCCUCGAGAAAUAUGGAGUAAAUAUGUCAAUAAACUCGAGGAUUUGAAAUACGAGGAAAAUUCAGAAAAGGCAGUUCAGUGUUUGAAUGAUAUGGUGACUAACGCUCUGUCUCAUGCUGAAGACUGCCUCCAAUACAUGUCAGCAUUGAAGGAUCAUGCCAUUUUCCGUUUUUGUGCAAUACCUCAGAUAAUGGCAAUUGGGACAUGUGCUAUUUGCUACAAUAAUGUGAAUGUCUUUAGAGGAGUUGUUAAGAUGAGGCGUGGGCUCACUGCACGAGUAAUUGAUGAGACAAACACAAUGUCAGAUGUCUAUACUGCUUUCUAUGAGUUCUCUUCGCUGAUAGAAUCGAAGAUUGAUAAUAAUGAUCCAAAUGCUUCCCUAACGCGGAAACGUGUUGAUGCGAUAAAGAGAACCUGCAAGUCAUCUUGCUCACUAAAGAGAAGGGGAUACGAUUUGGAGAAGUCAAAGUACAACUCCAUGCUGAUAAUGGUUGUACUUCUGUUGGUGGCUAUUGUUUUGGGCAUGAUAUAUGCCAAGUGAUUCGUCCUAGGUGGUCCAUUGCCCUCAACUAGACAAUCUAUGCGCAUCAGAUUUCUUAUCAGCGCCAACUCCAAAGCACAUGCAGCAAUUAUAAGUACUGACUGACUGCAAGAAUAGACUGUACUUCUAUGAAGUUGGAUCUCUUCACCUAUCUGUUCACCCUAAACCUUUUCAUGGUUUAUAAGAAUGCGGGUUGUUUCUUGCAAAAUUUUGGGUAGAAUGGUGCAAAAAAGAAUUUGUUCGAUAAUGAAGAUAGCUGUGGUUUUGUUAGCUUGUGUUAUAUUGAUGUAAUUUAAGAUCAUGCGAGUGUUUAUUUUCCCGGCGACAUUCUUUUGUUUAUUCAUUAUAUGCAGUAUCCAUUUA